CAGACGUGGCCCAGCAGCCACUAGACACGUCAUGGGAAACGGCAACCACAGCAAUAGCCGCUGCCUCUGGGGCAGGUGACGGAUUUAGGUUUGAUGAGGCCCUAAGCUACUGAAGGUAAUGAGGCCCUUUAUAUGUCCAGCUGUCCUUUGUCAACAACAAAUUGUCACUGGUUUUUGUGUUGAAUAUAUGCUAUAUGGUAAUUUAUGGACCUAACAGGUAUCUAAAGCUAUUUGCACAUGCAGAAUGUAGGCACCUUAUAUAUAGAAAUGAUCAAAGCAGUGAUAUUUAUGGAGCAGGUGAGGCCCAUUAUUUAUAUCACAGGAGCCUACACAACACAAAACACUGCUGCUGUAUGUAGGUUUUAUUUUAUUUUUUAUCUUAUAUUUUGGAAAUGUACAUCCAGUUCUUUUUUCUUUAUUUUUUUUGGAGGGGAGGGGCCCAAGAGAGUGGAGCCCUAAGCUAUAGCUUGUUUAGCUUAUACGUAAAUCCUGCCGCAGGUCGCUCAGGCCCCAACAUCCUUCGGCUCGGGCUCCUUCUCCUCCCCCAGGGAGCUGCUCCUCUUUGCCGCGCUCUUUGUCAGCCCACCUUCUUCCUCCACAACAACAACAACACCACCUUCUCACCUCCGCUCCUUCGCGCUCCAUUCCGCCUGCAGCCUCGAUUAAGCUUCCCUGCCCUUCCGCGCUGCUCUCUCUUUCCGCCAUCGGCUGCUCCUGCCUGCACAUUCUUCCCUCUGUAGCUUCCGUUCCGGGAAAGGAGAAUGCCGAUUGGUCGCCACCUUUCCCCCUCUCCUCGGCGUCUCGCUCUCGCGCUCUCUCUCCCGCCUUCUGCUCCCGGCUGCUUGGAGUGGAAGCUCUGAGGCUGACACAUCCUCCCGCCCCGUGCGCAGCUGCUCAGCUCCCGCGCGAUGGCUCCGCAGCGGCGAGCGGGUUCCCGCACUCCGGAGAGCGGCGGGGCUGGCGCAGGGGCUCGGGCGGAGGAGCGCCGUCGUCUCAGCAGGUACCUCCUUUUGUCCGGCGAGCGCCGCGUGGCCACGGCCGGAGGGGACCAGGGGUUGCGAGUUGCAAGCGGAGUCAGGAGGGUGCGCGCGUCUUUUGUCCUCUUCUCCCUCCAGGGGCUGCAUUCCCGGGAGAGCGCCCUCAAAACCUUGCCCCGCCCCUCUAAUACUAAACGCUUGGUCCUCAUCAAUGCCAGCAUUCUGCCCGUAUAUCAAUAAACUGAUGAGAUGGUAGGGAGACACUUUUUCCAGUUGGUUUGGCUUCGGAGUGUGUGACUGCGAUCCUAGCGUGCUAAUCUAGGAGCAAUCUUCAGAUGAAUUCAAUGGGGCCGCUUUUCAAGUAACCCUGUGUGCAUGGGGUUGGGGGAUGUUGCGUGUAGGCGCAGGGAAAUCCAUCCUAAGUGUGGUCCCAGGCCCAGGCUGGGGACAGUAAGCAGGAAAUACGGCUUCUACUACUCCGUUGUAAUCCUGUAUGAGCGCCGCAACCCCAUAGUCGCCUUUGACUGGACUUAACUGUCCAGGGGUCCUUUACCCUUUUUUUACCUAUGAAACUCGCUGGAGGAAGAUCCGUUGAGUUCGGUGGAGCUUGCUUAUUCCUUGCUGCGUGGGGUCAGGAAUGUUGGCUUUCCCCCCCAGUUGAUGCCUGAAUCUUAGAAGGCGUGGUCUUCAGUUGCCUGCCACAUGUGGAAAACACUACAGGGCCAUACAUAUGUUCAUAUGUAAAGUUCAAUGAGUGUAGGGUCUGUGUAUAAUAAUAGAGCAGGAAAAACCAACAAAUGUACACACUCACACAAGCACUCGUAGUGAAAUGAUACCUUGUACUUCUGUUCAGUGUGAUGGGUGAAGAUUACAGAUGGAUACAUUGGGGGAAAGUGUGUAACUAGUAGUACACUGAAUGUGAAUUUUCUAUAGAACUAACCCCCCCCCUUUUGCUGAGUCUUAAUUAUUUUCAUGAGUAUUCUUCACAUAGUACUUUCCUGGGCUUGACACCCCUGUAGCAAGCUUGCUAGCAUUGACUCAUGCAUUACUUUAGGGUCAUUAUGUUCCUUUUCUUUAACACACUCUCAAUUAUUGCCUAGUAGCAGCAGUUGCAGUGUUGGCUUUAGACCAAGGGAGAAGCCUGAAGCUCACUGGGUAAUUGUGGACCAGUCACAGAUGCUCAUCCUAAUCUGUCUUGCAAGUUGUUGUGAGGAAAGAAGAGAAGACCAUGGGUUGCAUCCAACAUAGGCAUGUCCAUCUAUUUCAGUGGAUCUGCUUUGAGUAUAACUAACAUUGGAUUCAACCCCAUAUUCAAGGGGAAGGAUGGCACAAUAAAGCAUUGAGGGUAUGCAGCAUUUCUUAUAAAAACACCCUUUCCGUCUCCACUACUGAUUAUGUUGAUUCAGAGAGAACAGUUGGAGCACAGGUGUUCAGAGUCUCUAUGGAAUUCAGAGGAGCAGAUAUUUAUAGUAAAGCAUGUCUUAUUAAUGAAGAGUGAAUUGUUCGGGAUGAAUUUUUCAGCAGCUUCAGGCUGUUUUUCUCACAGCUGAGAUUGGAUGAUGGAUUUGGAGCUCCAUCUGAACCAGGCUUUUGAGUCAAAGGUAUACAGUGGUACCUCGGGUUACAUAUGCUUCAGGUUACAGACUCCGCUAACCCAGAAAUAUUACCUCGGGUUAAGAACUUUGCUUCAGGAUGAGAACAGAAAUCGCGCAGCAGCGGUGCGGCAGCAGCGAGGGGCCCCAUUAGCUAAAGUGGUGCUUCAGGUUAAGAACAGUUUCAGGUUAAGAACGGACCUCCGGAACGAAUUAAGUACUUAACCCGAGGUACCACUAUACAUUGAUAGGCUUCUGCUGGAGUUCACAUGUACUUGGCCCAUGGUAUCUGGUUCCUUCUGUGCCCAUGUGUGUUUAGAACAAGGGUGGGGAGGUGGCAGUGGUCAGGCAGAGGGGGGCAGAUCCUAACAGGUCACCCUCCUGUCAAUCACCUGAUGUCAGGUGACCAACUUUGGCACAUGCAAUUUGAAAUCAAAGUCUGACUGUCAGUGCUUGCAAAGCCAGGUACACAGCACACCACAAAACUUGCCAAUCAGCUAAUGGAAAGAGAGCUGGGUAUACAGUGGCUUGCACAGGUCUUUGCAUUAGCAGGUACCGUUCAGCUCUUUUGGCCCAGCUGCAUCUUUACUUGCCCUACACCUGACAUCAUAUAUGGUAUGAGGUGUAGGUUAGUGUAGCUUGGCUGAAAUGACUGCAUGGGCCAAGUGGUGAGGCAUGGCAGGCCUAAUAAGGGCCAGAGGUUCUCCACUGCUGGUUUCGAGGUUGAAUAUCUGUAAAUGGUUGAAAUGAUGACAAGCCAGUCCUCUCAUAGGUAAUCUUGUAGUAAGGACCAACUUCUAAAUACCGUAUUUUUCGCCCCAUAGGGUGCACCGGCCCAUAGGGCGCACCUAGUUUUUUUGGGGGGAAAUAAAGAAAAAAAAAUUCUGAGUGCAGGCAGCUCUCCGCAAGCUGUGGGAGAGCUGCGCGAAGUCGCACUGGUCUCCCACGGCUUGUGGAUAGCUUCCUGAAGCCUGGAGAGCGAGAGGGGUUGGUGCGCACCGACCCCUCUCGCUCUCCAGGCUUCAGCGAAAGCCUGCAUUCGCCCCAUAGGACGCACACACAUUUCCCCUUCAUUUUUGGAGGGGGGAAAGUGUGUCCUAUAGGGCAAAAAAUACAGUACUAUGAGUUCUGAACUUUUGCCUGGCUUUUGAUUAAUGUGCACAGUCUGUUUAAUAGACUGCCUGCAGAGGUGACCCACAAAGUAAGAUUUUCAGUUUAUGUCCUUCAUUUAUAAAGUACAUGUUGCAAAUCACAUUUAUAGAUGCUAGGAAUGGAAUUUGUCAUACUAAAUUGACCAUUCUGGGGUUUCUUCUGAUCCUCCAUACUGAAUUUGUGGGAGGUCAUGUCUGUGUAUGGAGAAGCCCCAUUACACUAGCAAGAGUCUUACGCUGGCAUCUUCUAGACCCUGGGUUAGUCGAAUCUAGCCCUCUGUCUACACUCUUAAGUCAGAUCACUGGCAUGUUCCUCUUGCUAGUGCCCAUUUCACUUGCUCCAAUAACCUCCAUUUCUGCAGGUGAGGAUUAAGCAUGGACUUGCUGCCCAAAUAAUACCUCUUUAUUAAAAUGCAACACCAUGGUUGGAGUUGCUGUUCUCUUACAAGGGGAUUUUGUUUUGUUUUUUUAUUUAUAGUGGCGUGAAAGGCAGUGUCCAGAAAGACUCACGCCGGAAGUGGCUGAAAGUGGCAUUCCUCCUGUCAUCUGCCAUGCUCGGCUACCUCCUGAGUGGCAGCUACUUGCUUGGUGAAGACGGAGUUACUGAAGUACUGGCCCAUCAAGGGGAAAGCCUACAAUACAAAUUCAUCGAAGUACCCUGCUCAGAGGACUAUGACAGCCACAAACGUUUUGAAGGUAUUUGUGCAUCAUGACUUGUGCUAGUGCAGUGCUGAAGAAGGCUUGCCAAAAAACAGGAAAAUGUAACUCUAAACUGUCACAGGUCUCCUGUCACCUCAGAAGCAAUAGCUGUCACAGGCUCUUUGCUGUAAUAUCACUGUACAUCUGCCCCCUUCUACUUGAGCAAUGAAGGAAAGACAGAAUUCGGGAUAAAUCUAAUGCUUUCUUCUCCUGCCUGCAUUGAUGUCCCCUGAAUUGUACUAGAUUUUGCCUCUUUUUCUGAGGUUUCUAUUGCACAUGAGGAGAUGGUCAGAGAGAUCAUAAUUAAGAAUGUCAAAAUAGAACCAACCAGAGGGGAGGCAAACCCUGGACAUAAUCCCAAGUGACACAUAAGAUCUGGCAGUUUUGUUGCAUCAAUGAGAAAUGGGUGGUCAUUGUAGUAACAAAUUCAACAUAUUUCUAAGUGGACAGUUGCCAUGGAAAUCCAAACUGAUCACAUUUGGUUUCAAAGAAGGAAACAUCCUAAAAAUGAGGGGCUGAUAAAAAGGCAACUGAAAGGGAAAGUAAAUAGGGUGAAAAAACUGUACAAUGCUUGGGUGUUGCUCAAAACCAUAGAAAUGGAUUCUCAGCUAAAAUGUCUACCACGAGUCAGGAAAGCUACUACCAAAUCAAAGAGGAUGUCUGCAUGGUUCAUGAGUAGAGUCAAGGAAGCCAGAAAAUGAAAACUUCCUACAAAAAAUGAAAGCAUACUUCAGAAACAGGAAAUCAUUUUGUGGGUAGGUAGGACUUCUAGACAACAAGGAGGUUGAAACUGCUAAAGGAAAAUAAGAAGUUUACAAAGAAGCUUAAAUGAACUAUUUGCAUCUAUUUUCACUUUUAAGAUGUAAGGUGGGUGGAUACUUUUGCCAGUAGAUAACUUGUGCUUGAACAGAGAUUUCCAAGAAGGGGUUAGGAGUGUUGAGGCACAUAGUGAGACGAGAUUAAAUUCCAGUUUACUGGCAAAUUAAAAAAUUAACAAAUUCAGGUGGUUCAAACAGUUCAGGUGGUUCAUGAAGGACUGAAAUGGGAGAUUGCUAGUGUUAUAACAUAAACCCGACCUUCACAGUUGGCCUCCGUACUUGAGGAUUGGAAAUUGACCAGGCUUUUUUAAAGGGACCAGUGGAAAUCCAUGAAAUUAUGGGCUGGUCAAAUUUACAUCUUUGGGUAAACUGGUGGAAAGCAUUGUUAAAUGUAAGAUUAUCAGGCAUAUAGAAUGGUGGGAGAUUUAGGACAUGCAAACGGAAGUGCUACUUCACACAGCACAUAGAGAGAAUUCCAUAGUUUGUCACAAGAUGUAGUGCUGGUCACCAACUUGGAUGGCUUUAAAAGGGGAUGAGACAAAUUCAUGGAGGAUAAGACUUAACAUUGACUACUAAGUUAUAUGGCAUGCAUCUUGGAGGUACAGUGGUACCUCGGGUUACAUACACUUCAAGUUACAUACGCUUCAGGUUACAGACUCCGCUAACCCAGAAAUAGUACCUCGGGUUAAGAACUUUGCUUCAGGAUGAGAACAGAAAUCGUGCUCCGGCGGCACGGUGACAGCAGGAGGCCCCAUUAGCUAAAGUGGUGCUUCAGGUUAAGAACAGUUUCAGGUUAAGAACGGACCUCCGGAAUGAGUAAAGUACUUAACCUGAAGUACCUCUGUAGUAUGUAGAUCAAUUGCACCAUUCCUUUGAAUUGGUGUCCCUGGGGGAUGACAGCAAGAGAGUGUCCUCGUCUUCUGCAUAUGGGAUUCUCAGAGUCAUCUGGUUGACCACUGUAGGAAACAGGAUGCUGGACUAAGUAGGUUUUCAGUCUGAUCCAGCAGAACUCUUCUGUCCUUGCUUUUCAUUUCUGCUGCCUUUCUCUGUCCUAUGUUACCAAGUUCCCACUUGAGGGCACUCUUGAGAUGCUUAUGAUGUUCUAUUCUGUAUCUAUCCUGCUCUUGGAAGUGAGAGCUUUCUGCACUUUUAGGAAGCUUCUGAUUAUCUCUCUAGAUAAAUGUUUUGUGUCCAACUUGGUGAUUGCCCAGAUCUACUCCAGUUUGGUGAUCUCAAGAAGAGGGUUGGCAGUUGCAGUUUAUAUCCUGCCUGUUUCAGAGUUGAUCCAUUGCUGUAAUUGUUGGAUCAGUGCUGCUUUCUAUCUCUUGCCUGGUGUCACAGUGUAGUCGUGUCUAGUGCAGCUGUUUGAUGAGAUUACCACACUGGUGCAAGCUGGUUAGCACAGUAUUUUGAGAUUAUUCAUUGUUUUGGACAUGAUUAAAAUCCAAAUCAAGGUGACUUAGAAAUUAAAAACACAAGUCACCAUGAAAUUUUAAAUGAACCUCUCAGUAAAAUAAAAGAUACAUGAAGAAGUAAAAACAGCACCAAAAGGACCACACCAUCAUUUUAUUUGGCUAGAAAAUGCCUGCUGGAAUCAUAGAGUCUUAUAUGCCUGCUUAAAAGUGGCCAAAGGCAAAGGGACAAACAGCUAUUGGGAGGCUAUUUCACAUUUUAUGGCAAGAAAUAUACAUCUCCCUGUCACCUUACUGGUAUCAUGGUUCCAACUUAAGAAGCAGAAAAGGAUUCCUUCUUUCUCCCCCAAUAUUUUAGCAGUUGGCAUCUUUCUUUACCCCAUUUCUCCCCCCCCAACCAUUCCCCCCAAUUCACAUCAGAAUGUAUCUUUUGCCCAGUCAUAAACAUAACUUUAUUUCAUUUCUCCAUCACAGCCUGCACUCCUGCAGGUUUUUUUGUUCCUGGAUGAUGGUGGGUGGGGAGUUUUCUGCCAUUGCUUUUUUAAUGUAUUGGCUCUCUAGUGGCAAUUGGCAAGCAGAUAAGAGGGAUCAGAGGGUCAACCACUUCACAUGCACCCAGAAAAAGCCCCCUCCCUCAAUGUGAAGGAGAGAAGUCACUUCUAACUCUUGCCUAAUGUACUGGUUUGAAUGGUAAUAAAUGGUCCUACAAAGUUAAGAGUCGCUUUUUACUUAAACAGAGCUCUUAUGGUUUUCUGUAGAAAUAGUAUAUUCCUUUUUAUUUUUUUCCCUUCUGUCAUUCUUUCACUCAGCUUUUUCCUCAUCCUGAAGGUUCCUUAAUUCUCAGAGGUCUUAUUUAUUCCCAAAUAUCAACCUCAUAACUCAGUAUUUGUUGCUUACUUCAUUUGAAGUUUAAUCAAUGUUUAUUCCCCUGCUUCUGUCUGAAAUGUUGAGAUGGUGUUGUAGAAGUCAAAGAUGUAAAACUAAGUAGGCAGAACAGAUUACUAAUAUGAGCUGUUUGCAGUACUUGCACAGAAUAAGAAAACUUGUUAUGUUAAAGAUGAUUGUCUUGAUUGUUCAGUUGAUUGGAAUAUUUCAGACAUGGUAUUUAUGUACAUAUGUACAUGUUGAAAUCUUUUUGGUGCUUCACACAUUUUAUUUUCUCCAGGACUGAGGGAAUGAUUAAAGAUGGGUAAAUUGGUUUUAAACCGACUUUAUCAUUUUAAGUCAAUUUAAACUCUGUUAUGGGCAAGAAUCUCCAAUCUGCUAGAGGUCUAAGUAACCCCAAAUUCUUCUAGAGAUUCUGUAUGCUGUCAGAACCUGAGCCAAGCUACAGAAGAGGCAAACAUCUGUAGCAAGCUGCACAUUCCCCCAAGUGUAUCAAGUCUAUUUCUUUUGAUGGAUUAGAUAAUAGAUUUGUUUCAGGGAAAGCAAGGAAUAUUUUAUAUAUAUAUCUGUAAGAAUUCGCAUGCUUGCUUUUGAAACUUAAUCAUUUCAAAGUGUACAUGCUUCCCUGUAGUAUGUCUGAUGAGAACAGACAUGGGGAGCCUGUUGCCCCCCAAAAGCUGUCGGGACACCAACUUCCACCUGCCCCAGGCAGGAUAGCCAAGGAUCAAAGAUGAUGGGAGUUGGAAUCCAACCCCAUCUGCAAGGCCAUUCUUUCUCCAACCGUGGACUUAGAAUGCCACAGUCUCUUGCUUAUGUAUAACAGCCAGAAGACAAUAAAGCAACUCAAAAAAGAAGUAAUAUUGCUUUCCAUGACAUGUAAGAACCACUGGGUGAAUUAAGUGAAUCUAUUAACUGUAAUGACAUGGGUGGGUGUCAUAAGUUUCAUACUGUAACUUUUUCAUCAACCAAAAAUUCAGUAUUUGCAAUCAGGUAACGUUCACGUCCAGUUUUUUUUUUGGUAAAAUUCUUUGUUGGAAGGAGAGGAAACAAAGGACAUAUUGAUAACAAUGCAUCGGUUAUAGGGAAAUGUGAAUUCAAGGUUAUGGCAAUGUGGAGAAUUAUAGAAUGCAAAAGUCCCAUAAUUGUGGCUCUGGUUUGUGGGUCAUUUCCAGUGGCUUGAUUCAAGGUUUACUCUCCAGCCACGAGGAUUAGAAACAUGUUUAUCAUUGGUAGCUGAAAUCCUUGAUGUUCUGCAAACCACAGCAGAUCCCAUGCUUUGCACUACAAUCUUAGUAAAUUUCCCGAGAGAGUAGAAGUUGUUGUUGUUGUUAUGGCACAUGUAAAAGCAGAUGAAGUAGGUGAUGGAUGUUUGAACUUUCUUUUCUGUCUCUCUCCUUAUAUGUCUGUUCUAGGCUGCACUCCUCGGAAGUGUGGAAGAGGGAUAACAGAUGCCAUAAUCAGCAGGGAGGAAGCUGAGAGAAUCCGUAGGUAAAUUUUCUUUCCAGAAAUCGUCUUAAAGGCUUUAGGAUAAUGCUUUUGUUUUCCUUUUUGAAAGUUGACACCAUUGUUGCUAUUUUUGUGCCUUUUAGACAGGAACAAAGGAUGGGUGUAUAUAUCCUGGCAGGGUCCUUUCUUUUCUCUGCCAUAUUAUAUUUCAGGGGUUCACAGCCAGUGUGGGCACUGCUUCUGUGCUGGAUAAUGGUUAGGGGUGCCUGUAUACAGUAGGUGCAUCCAACGCCUCUUGACCCAAUAUCAAUUACAAGAUCUUCAGGUGAUCAUGAAGAUGGCUAAGAGGCACUUAAGAGAUUGUCUCUUCAGGUCUGAUGCAGAAAGAGAUUUAACCACAAUUGCCUCUACCAAAAGUUCACCAUGGUUCCUACUUAUCAAAAUGGAGCACAUCUGAGCUAGUUAUCUGACAAAGCUCCCACUUGCCGUACUAAGAAUCGCUUUUACAGAAUUACGAUUCCAAUCGAUGCCGUCGGCGGUGGUGGGUGGUUGGUACAGCAAAGUACAGUACAAGGAGAGACUUUGUCUGUGUGGGCAACCUUGCGUAGAGGACCUGUACCACUGUUUAUUGCAAUGCCCGCUAUAUAUAGAACCAAGAGACCAAUUUAUAAAACCCCUGCUUAUGAAUGGAACACACUUGAACAGGGUGGAAAGGGUGAAAUGGCUGCUGAGUGAUACUGAUGACUUCAUAACUUAUAAAGUAGUACUAUAUGCAUUGGCAGCUAAGAAGAUCAGGAGAAAAGAACUAGAUAAAAUAGCGGUCAAUUGCAAAAGUGAUUCAGACAUUUAAGCUGGUACAUUCUGAGAACCCCCUUCUAUUCUAUCAUAUGCAGCAAAUAAUUUCUAGGAGACGUGACCGUGGUUUAUUGUAUUUGCAGUGCCUGAUGUUUUUAUGGUUUUUAUGGUUAUUGUUGUUUUUCUUUUUGUUUCCUUUGUGAAUGAUGCCAUGGCCUUUGGCUAGUGCAAUAAAGUUUAUGAUGAUGGUAUACAGUAGGUGAAAGUCACCUGAGUCAGGCUCAAACUAAAUUUAGGGGCAAACUCCCAUCCCACUUGGAAUUUGAUCCAAGCUGAAGGAUAAUGCCAUCCACCUCUGCCAUUUGGCUCUGUAGGGAAGGUUAGAAAGGGGAUACAGAGCCACCCACACCUUCUGAAUCUGCUCUGGGAGCUUCCUGGCAGUUCUCAUAGAAUUUAGUGAAAUAGCUUCCAGUGGAGGUGGGAAGGAGACUGCAGCAUCAAAUUUUGGGGGUGGGGAAUUGCAGAGUUGGAAGGGACCCAAAGAGACAUCUGAUCCAACCCCUUGCAAUUCAGGCAUCAUAGGAGUCUAGUCCCCAACACAAAGGGACUUCAGCUCCCUUCCUGCCCUCCUGGUUUUUGACCUGCAGCCUUUUUCUACCUUUUACCCACAUACAGUACAAUCUUUGCUUUGUUCCAUUAGGUUGUGAAGUGGCAAAGAUGCUGCAAGGAGGGCAGGUGGGGAAAGGUAAAUUUUUUAAGGCCUUGCAUUGGUUUGGAGUUACCUAGGUUUCCCCCAUUUUUUUCGGGGGGGGGGGGACUUCCGGUAAUAUCUCAGUUAAUCUGAGGCAAGUUUCCUACAGUUCAUCCAUCUCUUAAUUAUUAGUGAACACUUAUGUAGAGCUUUUUAAUAGGAAAGAUGUUUCAUGCUUUAAUUGUGCGUUUGCAUUCAAUGUCACUGUGAGAGGGGUCAUUGUUCCCAUUUAUAAAUUGGGGGCUGAGGGUGAGAGAACAAGUUGAUCAAGGCUAACUAAGGAGUCCAUGGAACAUUUGCAAAUUGGGACUCUUGCAGAUGUAAGGCUCCAAGCUGCCUAAUCAUGGAUAAGCAAUUUAUGUGUCGGCCAUGGAAUUAACGCUUGCUUUUGGACUGUGAAUUCUUACCAAUUGCCUUAAUUACAGUUAAGUGGUAUAUUGGCAGCAGUAUUAUGAGUGGUUAAGUCUACUCAGAGUUUUAAACCAAGGCUCCAGAUCUUGCAUGCCACUCCCAAAUGCUAAGCAAUUGAGAGCCUGGAACCCAGGUCUAUAGAAGCCUGUUUUCCACCAAAAUAUGCAAUUGCUUUACAAGUGUUUACCUCAAAUACACAGGCUAGAAAGCUUCUGUAUAGUGUUGUGCUUGCCUUCACUCUAGGCCAAGUAUUUGCCAUGACCAAGAAUAGCCGUUUAGUAUGUUCUCUCACCCCUUCUGCUCACAUCCAACCUUGACAUAGUGAUUUGAUUAGCUAAAGCUAUUGUUACCUGCUAUUCCUGAAAUUCCUUAAGUGUUAGUUUACUUACCAGGAUGUUAAGCUAUGUGUAAACUGCAAUUUUAAGAUUCUGGUUAGUAAACUGACAUUAAAUCACAGCGCCUAAUUUUAAACACAGUGGGGACCAGAAGUUUAAGCUAACUGGGACUGGCAUGCUGUGGAGGCGAGUGGGGUGGGGUGGGGGGAACAGACUGUAAAAGUGCUUGUUCCUGGCUGCUAAACUAUGGUUCAGAAAGCUGGGAAAUGUGCAUCUGAACCAGGGCAUUGUGUAAAUAUUCUGCAGUUAGCAAUAGGAAGAAGUGGGGUUACUUUAAUUCACUGUGUUCCCACUCUGCAGCAGUUUCUGCAGUAAGGUGGGGAAUCUUCUUUCACCUCAACUGAGUCAUUAAACUCUUUCAUUCUGCAUGCAGGGUUUUGCAUCCUGACAGAGCAGUAUUCCAUUGCAACUGGAGUAAAUGGUCUUAACUUUAGUCAUUUGUCAUUAGCAAAAAUUCCCAGACUUCUGGACUAAGAAAAAUAGCAUUUGCUUUCGCUUCUUCCCAUUGCCUGGAAAUGAUUGGGAUAAAUCUGAGCUUUGUAUUGUCUGGGCACACCUUGGCACUGAGGCAGCUAACCUUUUAAGGGCACAGGGCUGCACUGAGCAAUAGUCAACCCACCAGAAAGUGUCAAAGUGGAUGUAGCAUUUUUAAAAAUUACAAAUCUGAGGGAACCAGAUUUAGCUCACUGACUACAGGUCAGUCACCCCUGCUUUGCAACAUGACUACUUUUUCUGCUAGGAAAUUCUCUGCCUCUGUUUUUGUUUCCCUAGCUGGGUUCUAUGUGUGAAGAAUUCUGAUUUGCCCACUGUUAUGCCAGUGUAAGUUGACCUUUCUGUUCCUCCUGUGUCAACUGUGACAGGUCUGGUUUGACAAGUGGCAUUAAACGGUAAAAGGCUGUGCUGCAGUUCUGAUUUGAAAUUGUUGUGUCAUCCACAGAAUAGCAGAGAAGGGACUCUCCCUUGGAGGAUCAGACGGAGGGGUGAGCAGUGUCCUGUUACCUUUUACAUUCUUCUGGUAUCCAGGCAAGAUUCUUUAGAUUUUUGUUUUUUAAAUGGGUUUUGGGGAGGAGUGUCAGGAAUGGGGAAGAAAUGUAGGACUCUGCCCUCAUCCCCGUGUGGCAAAAUAUAUAUUUUGCUUGUCUAUAGUUAUUCUAGACUUCCCUUCAACUGCUCCAAUGCUGCUUGCUCCUAACUGCAAAUUAAGAUUGUUUUUGGCAAGACUGAGCUUGAAGAGGAGGAACUAAUACAUGGUGCUUUGAGAGUGAGGGGCAGGCAUUUGUACCAUGGUGGGUGGUGAAUGAGUUGGGCAGCAGGGUCAGGGAAAAGGAAGUACACAGAGCAAAGAAACCCCUUUCCCACUUGCUCACAAGGGGAAGUAUCCUCAUGUAGUUUCUGAUCCUGUGUUUCCCUUAUCCCGCCCCCCUUACACCAACAAGGGGGAAGGAUUCACCUAAUCCCAUACACAGAACCCUGCACAUGGACUUCCACUUGCGCAAAGUGGUUCCCCCUCAUGCCCCCCUGAAAUUGCCUGUAAGGGGAGGAAGAACCCCCAAAACAGUGCAGUGGAGCACAGGUAGGAGAGGAGGGAUUGUUCCAUCUGACAAGCUGAAAAUCUUGUGCUGGUGGAACAUUCGCCUUAGAACAAUGGUGAAUUUCUCCCAUGGGCCUGAAUCCCAGCUUGGCCAUAACCCUCAACUGGUGGUCAUUGGCAGGACACUGCCACUCAGUCUAAUCUAUCUCUCUUGACCUUUUGGAGAGGGAUGGUGGAAGAUGCCUGAGCAAUCAGAGGAUAAAUCUGCAUCCUCCAGAGGAAAAAAAAAGAGUUUGAGGAAAGAUGCCUAAUGUAGAAGGAGUAUGGGAUGGAAGAUCAAUGUGACCGUCCUUCAGUAGAAUGUGAAGCAUCACCAGACUUUGCAUAGUUAAUUGUCAAAUAAGUGAAGGUGGUAUACUUCCAAAAAAAGGGAAUAUUUUUGUAUCUAAGUUUUUAAAAGCUGUGUUACAGACUAUAUGCCAUCUCAGUUGUGUCAUCCCUUAAUCCUAAACACAUUUGCUUGGGAGAAAGCACCCUUGCUUUCUAUGGCACUUUCAAGUAAAGGGGUUUGAGAACAAGGUCUCAAUAACCUUAAAUGUAAAUGCUCCAGCUUCAGUGUUUCUUCAGCUGCAGCAUACCCAACCAGAAAUCAUUUAAUGAGGGUGCCCUUUUGUACUUGCGGUGCCCCAGGGCCUCUCAGUGCUGUGUGUCCCAGUGAACACUCUUUCAAACACUCUUGCAGCCUCCAUAGGUGCCAACUCCCUGGACCCUGGGUGCCCGAGCACCCACAAAAUUCCCCAUGAAGAGGCUGGGCACCCACAAAAUUCGGUGCCAGGUCUAUGCAUGCUGCAUGGCACCCACAGCCCCGGGCACCCAUGGCUGCAUGGCCAAGUUGGCACUCCUUCAGCCCACCAAUACAAAGUGAGCUACCUUUCCAUUCUGCCCACAGAGACAGGCAGCAGUCUUUCACAGUAAAAGACUGUUCGAUAGAAGGACGUUCUUUUUACUAUUCCUGUAUUUCAUUGCAUUUUGUAGCCUACUGAGAGCUGAAGCGGCUCUGUUGUUCAAUAUGGAAUGUAAUUGCUUUGAGUGCAAUCCAAUCAGCUCGAUUGACAGGUGUCUCUGCAAUUGGCCAUGGACUGUUCGUGACGUAAAUCGUCUUGAUGUCUUGGGGCUAUUUGCCAGAUGCAGAGAAAUCAAAAGUAGAUUUAAAAUGCUAGUCUGUUGAAGAACUGAAGUUUUGAUUUAUGGUUUGCAAAGGUGCAAUGAGAAUGACUUUCCAAAAUUUAGCCCCCAAAUGCAUCAGACUGGCUUUGAAAUCAUAAAUGCUCAUAAUUGCAUUUAGCCUUUGAAUGCAUGUUUUACAAUUUUCCGUUCAGUUUCUAUCCUUUUAUGUUGCUUUACUUUUUGUAAUAUAAGGAGCUAAAAUUCCAUUUACCUUCUGAGUAAGUACAGGCGGUAAAAUAAUUGCGCACCAAGGAUCCAUAGAAAAGUUUGUUUCUAAAGCUCCCCCUUCCAUGAUGGUAGAGCCAAAAUGGGUAGAUAUGGAGUUUAUGAUUAGGGCUAACAGGAGGGGAGCUUAUUUCAAUUCAUUGACUCUUGUGAGUGUUGGAAGUGCAACAGCAGAAAUCGUUCUGCAUGCUAUUUAACGGUGGUGUUAUUAGUGCUAGUCAAUGGCCCAAGGGGCUUGUGGUGGUAUUACUUAGCAACCAGUCAGAAUGGCAUGAACUUUCCUGAGGUAGCAUGUGCUCUGAUUGGCUGUGUAGUUCUAUGGGAGUUGUUCUUCUGCAUGUUUGGUUGAAGGUCUCCCUGCUUUGUACAAGGCCUGAACUAAGAGACAAAGCCUCUGCGUAUUUCUGUUCAAAAUAUACACUGUUUUGCUCAGUUUCCUCAGUAAAGUGUUAUCAGAACUUUUCUCUCUGGACUCCAUCUACAUUAUCUUACUGACUUUGCUAACAGUGAGUAUACUUUUGGAACAUGAGAAGAAAGUGAAUGGCAUUGCUACAAACCUGCUACCAGUGAAGCUGUUUUAAAAUGGGGGUUUAAAAUGGAACUCCAGCCAGUAAUCUGACUGUUAUAGUUUGGACCACUUGAAGUUUCUGAGUCAUCUUCAAGGGCAGUCCCAUGUAAAGUACAUUGUAAUACUUCAAUCUGGGCGUUAUCAGAGCAUGGAGUACUGUGGCCAAGUCAUCUCUACCCAAAAGGGGCUGCAGCUGGCAAACCUGGCAGAGCUGGAAACAGACAGUCGUAGCCACUGUUGCCACCUGUGCCUUCAGUGACAGUGUUGGAUCCCGGGUUAUCCCCAAGCUACAGAGCUGCUCAUUCCAUGGGAGUGCAACCCUGUCCAGAGCUGGCUGUCUUCCCACCUCCUGGACUUGAGAACUUGGGACACAUGUGAAGCCAUUCAAUACAGGGCUUGUCUUUUAUUACCUUUUCCAGUUCUUCCAAUUGUGUUCUUUCCAUCUUGAUGCUAUCCAGCAUGAUCCUACUUAUGAGAGGUGUAAGGACUGAGUGAAUAUGGUUUCUGACAUUUGUAUUGUUUCCUGCUGCUCAUGUUCCCUCUGCUAUGAGUCACUUGUACUUUGUUUCUGCAGAGUCUAAGAGUUUCACCUUAAUGGAAUUAGUUCAUUCGCAACUGGCUGUCUCGCCUGUGCCUUUCAAAAUUAACCUUAACAACUACCUAAAUGGCACCUGUAUAUUUUGAUCAGGAUGAUGAUGGAGGAUGCGACUUCUCCUAAUAGCACUUCAAGAAAUCAAAUGAAUGAGGCUUUUGUUCUCUGUUUUCUUGUUAUUGUACAUCUCCAUUCUGAAUAAUUCACUAAGGACUUCAUUGCAGCGAGCAAAGGGUAGGAGUCAAAACAAGAUAACGGUCCUUGAUUCUCUGCACUUGAUUCAGAUGCAAAUGUGCCUUGACUAAAUCUGAUGGCAAGCAGUUUGUCAAGGCUAUGCAUUCUUCAGUCUGUUUCAAAAUCUCCUCUUGCUGCAACAUUGGGCCGCCAUGGGGGAUUAUCAUAGGCUUAAAUUUGGGGCUUCAUUCAACACAGGUAGGUUCCUUCCACCAUAAUAGAGAAGCAACUGAUUUUCAGAGACAGUUUCACAAUCUUCCUUUAUGUAGAUUUUCCGCCUCAAAGAAAUUAACAGUGGUCGCGCAGUUUAUGUGCUGGGGUGAUUUCAAGAGACAAUGGGAUAAAAGUGGUCAUGGUUGCAAUUUUCCAAGCCCUAGUAGUGAGUCAUGUGUUGCCUUUGGGAAACCAAUGGGCUAUAGAGAAUAGGUGUAGGGUUUGUGGCUUGUAAUGUGCAGUGAACAGAGCCAAGGAAAUAAUCUCAAUAAUCUCAAUUUUAAAGAAAAAAGUUAGGAUUAAGCCCUUAGGUUUCAGAGGGAAAAAGUUGACAGUAACUGUAACCGACAGGCUCAAAAGUCAGAAGGCAAACAUUUAUUUAUUAAAAUGGCUUAGAUCCCACCUUUCAGGAUACUGAUACUGACAAGUAACUUCAAUGUGCAUUUAAAUAUGAACACAAUAAGCAAUAUCAACAUGUAGCAAGUCAACAGGAACCUUCCUGCAGGGCAGCUCACAAUAGAUGGCUGGAACAGGUCCUGAUGUCUUCAGCUGCCUGUACCACUUUCUUGGGAGUCCUUCCAAUGGACAGUUAGUGGUAGUUGGUGCUGGAAAGGGGAAAGUUCACCUGCAGCAGUCUAGGGUGACUUCCCCCUCCCUCAUUCUCGAAAGUACAGCACAGUCAUAGCAUUACUUUCUCAUGCUAUCACUCCCCCUGCAGACCUUUGCCUAAAGUGCAGGGCUGGGUGGGCUUGUGACAGUGGCGUCAAGAAUGAAGAGGGAUGACAUUUGCCAUUGCAUCUCAGUUUCAGAAACUGGUUUGCAAACCAUAGUUUGUCCUAAAACUGGAAUCCAACUAUGCACAUAAUGCUAAACCAUAGCUUACUGUUGCAUCUGAUGAUGAAAUCCAGGGGUGGAGGGUUUCUCUGCAUCCAAGGGCUUUCUUCCCAAGUGAAUAGCUGUGGCUUGCCCAAUAUUCUGUCCUGUUGCCAAGGCCAUCUGGGAGCAUCUUUACCCAAAUCUAGGUCUAAACUAUCUACAUUUAAAGAUACUUGAGGUCAGUAAAGUAGAAGUUGCAGGGUAAAUCAUAACAAGCAGAAGGUACUAAGUACUGCUCCCUUGACCAGGCAGAGCAGAAGACCAAUGCCCUAGUGUUUGACCAGAAUAAUCCAAAACAGAAAUGCCCCCUACCCCCAGUUGUUGCUAGAUUCCAACUCUCAUCCAUCCCAGCCAACAUGGCCAAUUGUCAGGAAUUAUGGGUAUUGUGGUUCCCAUUCCUGAUCUAGAGCCUACCAAUUACAAGGGUCAAGGAUGCACAUUCCUGUUUUGUGAUGCUGAAUUUCAUUCAAUAUAUUUUUUAUUAAAGACAUAUUUUUUAUUAAAGACUUUAGCAUCAAGAACUCUAAGCAGUUGUGACAGUUCACAAAUCCUGAUUCGAAAAUUGAGGCUUUUGUGAAUUUGUCAUCCUUUGGUCCACAUUACCAAGGAAUAGAACAUGGACCCAAAAAUAUCUGCUGUGAGAUUUUUUCUUUUUUGGUGCAAAAGCAACUGCUGUUUAUUUCUUUACAGCACAGCCAUUUAGUGAAUACAGUGGUACCUUGGGUUACAUACGCUUCAGGUUACAGACGCUUCAGGUUACAGACGCUUCAGGUUACAGAUGCUUCAGGUUACAGACUCUGCUAACCCAAAAAUAGUCCUCAGGUUAAGAACUUUGAGAACAGAAAUCACGCAGCAGUGGUGCAGCAGCUGCGUGAGGCCCCAUUAGCUAAAGUGGUGCUUCAGGUUAAGAACAGCUUCAGGUUAAGAACAGACCUCCACAACAAAUUAAGUUCUUAACCCGAGGUACCACUGUAUAGUCUCUUGUUACUGUGGUCCACUCAACACCUGACAUUUAAUUAGUUCCCCUAUUCUGAAGUUGAACCUCUCAUUUCCCAGCACAUUUAAAUCUUAAGCAUUUACCCUUUAGGCCUACAUUAUUGCAGAUAUUUUCUUCCUGUCUGUGUGGUUUUGCUGCUGUUUGUUUUUUUUUAAAAAAAAACAAGCUCCUGAAAGUCCCAUUAACUACCCUUUCAGUAUAAUUGCCUUAAUAGUUUUCUUUCCCCUGCAGUGCUCCAAACUUGUGCUGCUUCAGAAAGCAGAAAGGUCACUUCUUUAGCUAAAACAGUGGAAAUGUGGGACUGGCCAAGUCACAGGAUAGUGUGAAGUGUAUAGCCUUCUGUAAUGACUGCGGUUUAAAAAGGCCAGCAGUUUUUCUGCAGGUCAAAAGAAGAACCUUGAAAAUGAGUUCUUGGUCAUGCAUGAGCAUAAGAGAUUCAUCUUUCCCUCCUCUCCCAGCCUUAGUGGUAAAUUAAAUUGCUUUAGAACUAUAUAGGAAUCAAUGCAGGAAAAACAUGUUAUGAAUAAUAUUCGAAUACUUGCAUGCCAGGUCCUGAAACAUGAAUAUACACCACUGAAUUCUAGGGGAAGAGAUAGCUGAAGAGGGAAAGUUAACACUAGAUAAGUCUAUUGUGCCUUGAUUUCUGACUCUUAUAUAUAUAUAAACUAGCACAACUUUAAACCAAGAGUGCUGUAUCUCCUGUCCCCUGGAGCAGAUUUGGGGAGUACACGGUGGGGGGAGGAAACAGAAGCCCUGUUGCACCAGCCAAGCAGUUUGUGUGGAGCAUUGGAUACAACCCACCAUCUGAGAUUGCACAGAACAGAGACCUAGUCUCCUUUUAAUAGUCUUCCUUUUGCUGAUUUGUUUCUUCUUGUUUGGAUUUUCUCCCCCUCCCAGGCUUCAAUUCUGGACUUGCACUCUGGAGCUCUUUCUUUGGGGAAGCAUUUUGUUAACAUGUACAGGUAAUGUAGAGUUGCACCUUGGCAUUCAGUGCCUUGGAUACAGGUGAUUUUAGUGCUCUUAGGUUCUUCAGGAUGGAAUAGACAUUUGGGUGGGGGAAGAGAAAAAGCUCUGAUGCUGCAGGUUGAUUGAUGGAUUCUUCAGCAGUUUGCUGGCCUUUGCAAAAAGCUGUGAUACUAAGUGUUGUUAGCAAGUGGUGUUAAGCUGGGCCUGUAGGAGAGAUAUAAAUAUUUGCUGUCUCAGUAGAUGCUGGAUGUAAGAGUUUCUCCCACCACAGUUUAGAUUUGUAAUGUAAUGCAGAAAGCAAAAUAAUUUGUGCCCUCAAGUGGUGAUCAGUUUCCUGCAGAAUUAAUAGUUUUCCUCUCACCAUAGCAUCCUUUAAGUCAUCAGAGUGCUUCUUGUUUACUAAUCUUUAAUAACUGCUUGGGAUAAAGUUGGUUUGAGUAAAUUAAUUUGCAAAGAAAAGUUAAGCACCAGCUGCUGCAGGGAUUUAACUUGCACUUUGUAUUAUUUAUUUCAGUCUUUGAAUUGUCUUCCCCCACAGAUACUUCAGUGAUAAAGUCCAUGAUACCUUUACAGAAGAAGAUUUUCAUUUAUAUCGGUAAGAAAAGAAAGCCCCAUUAAGGGUAUUUAUUGUCUUCCAAACUGCUGUCAAAUACAGUGGUUCCUCGGGUUACAAACACUUCGGGUUAUAGACUCCGUUAGCCUGGAAGUAGUACCUUGGGGUAAGAACUUUACCUCGGGAUGAGAACAGAAAUUGUGUGCUGUUAGCACAGCGGCAGUGGAAGGCCCCAUUAGCUAAAGUGGUACCUCAGGUAAAGAACUGUUUCAGGUUAAGAACGGACCUUAGGAACGAUUUAAGUUCGUAACCAGAGGUACCACUGUACAACUUUAAUUGUGUGGAUGAGGACAAUUUGUAGUGUGUCUCUUAGAAGAGGUGUGUCUAAAUGCAGCAUGAUACUUGAACUGCUGAUGAGAUAUAUUGCUUGUUACAUGGCUAAGAAGACUCUUUAACAGUCAAACAUACCCUUCAAUAGUGUAGGAGAAAGAGGCAUGUGGCAUUGGCUGCAUUUCAUAGAAAUUGGUAGCUCAGCCUUUAUUAAAUCAAAGGUUAAGCUCCCAUUAACCUAUGCAAUCCAGAUCACACUGUGCCACAAGCAGGGAGCAGGUGCAUUGCAAAUGAAUGAAAGAGCAAGCUGCAGAGGAAGGCAAAAUACCACCGAAGUUGCUGUCUAUACAACCUUGGGACAGGGGUAUAUUUUUAAAACUCCCAUCCCACCCUGUGACAACCACUCAGGUCUUGUGUGAGCACAACCCAUUCAUCAAGUUACCCCAAGAAAACUUUAAUGGGUUGAUCUCCGCAUUGCCUAACAUCCUGUCUCUGGUUGCCCUAGGCUAGAGGAAGGGGUGGCGAGGAGGAAACCCAAGACUUCACGCAGAGAAGAGGAAAGCUAUUUUGGCCAUAAUUAAGUGUUCAACAAAGCAGUUGUACAGUCUUCUUCAUAUACUUGUUUGACCAGCCUAGUAAGGUUCUAGUAAGGUUCUAGUAAGGUUCUUUAACCCCCUACUAUUGUUCCAUUGGACAUCUCUAAGAUUUAGGCACUUUCUUCUAUUUCCUAACCAAAAUCAUGUUAAUAUAUUGUCAUAUUUUACUCAUAGCUGCCUUUCUCUUGCCUCCCUCAUUUGUGGUACCACUUCUAAAAGAAGUGGAAAGGCCCCAACUUUCUUAAGAACUCGGCUUGCAAGAAAAAUUGUUCUACUCCUUUCAACAGUCUAGUUCUUAGUUCUACAUGCAUGACCUUGAAUUAACCCUUCUCAGGCAUAUGUGACCAAAAUAGGAUUUUUUAUUCUAAAUGUGAGCUCACUGGAAUGCCUUCUGCAUUGUACAACGGUAUCUGUACUUCUCUACCCUAUCAUAUUAGCUCUUUUCAUUGACAAAGGACGGAGACAAUUCAUUUUUUAAAAAAAGAUAUUUAUUAAAAGUUUAAUAGUUACAGAAAAAAGAAAAAAGAAACAAUAAAAUGUUCACAAUACAUCAAAAAUAAAGAGAAAAAACAAAAAAAACAAUACAACAGAACAACAAAAAAAGCAAAAACAUUUAAAAAACACAUCCAAUAUCUCUAUAUCUCUACCUUUCAUUUACUUGUGUCAUCGACCUCCUCACACCUCCCUUUUUUGUAUUCUUGUUCAAUUAGCUAUUUCAGCAAAUCCUUUCCAUCUUUCUUAAUUUUUGUUCUAUAAUUUAUCUUAACACAAUCUAACCUUAAAUUUCCACUUUAACCCAUUAACAAUCUAUUUUUACUUAAUUCUUUAUAACAUUUCUGCUAAGGCCAUAUAACUUCAUUCCAGCAUCCUUCUAACAUUCAUUAAUUUUACAAUAUUUCUGUAAAUAUACUUUAAAUUUUUUCCAAUCUUCUUCCACCGACUCUUCUCCCUGGUCUCGGAUUCUGCCAGUCAUUUCCGCCAACUCCAUGUAGUCCAUCAGCUUCAUCUGCCAUUCUUCCCUGGUAGGUAGAUCUUGUGUCUUCCAGUGCUUUGCGAUAAGUAUUCUUGCUGCUGUUGUGGCAUACAUGAAAAAAACUCUAUCCUUCUUUGGCACCAAUUGGCCUACCAUGCCCAGGAGAAAGGCCUCUGGUUUCUUUAGAAAGGUAUAUUUAAAUACCUUUUUCAUUUCAUUAUAGAUCAUCUCCCAGAAUGCCUUAAUCUUUGGGCACGUCCACCAAAGGUGAAAGAAUGUACCUUCAGUUUCAUUACAUUUCCAACAUUUAUUAUUGGGCAAAUGAUAAAUUUUUGCAAGCUUGACUGGUGUUAUGUACCACCUGUAAAUCAUUUUCAUUAAAUUCUCUUUUAAGAUAUUACAUGCCGUAAACUUCAUACCAGUAUUCCAUAACUGUUCCCAGUCAGUCAUCAUAAUAUUAUGUCCAACAUCUUGUGCCCAUUUAAUCAUAGCAGAUUUCACCGUUUCAUCUUGGGUAUUCCAUUUCAACAGCAAGUUAUACAUUCUUGACAAAUUCUUAACUUUAGGGUCUAGCAAUUCUGUUUCCAGCUUUGAUUUUUCCACCUGAAAACCUAGUUUUUUAUCCAGAUUAUAUGCCUCCAUUAUUUGAUAAUAAUGGAGCCAAUCUCGUACUCUGUUUUUUAAUUUUUCAAAGCUCUGUAGCUUUAAUCUGUCACCCUCUUGUUCUAAAAUUUCCCAAUACUUCGGCCAUUUGGCCUCCAUAUUGAGUUUUUUCAAAGCCUUUGCUUCCAUUGGUGACAGCCAUCUUGGGGUUUUAUUUUCUAACAGAUCCUUAUAUCUUAUCCAGACAUUAAACAGUGCUUUUCUUACAAUAUGGUUUUUAAACGCUUUGUGUGCUUUGACCUUAUCAUACCACAAAUAUGCAUGCCAACCAAAUACAUUAUUGAAACCUUCCAAAUCCAAAACAUCCGUGUUUUCAAGAAGCAUCCAUUCUCUCAGCCAACAAAAGCGGCUGAUUCAUAAUAAAGUUUUAAGUCUGGCAGGGCAAAUCCACCUCUUUCUUUAGCAUCAGUUAAUAUCUUAAAUUUUAUACGAGGCUUCUUGCCCUGCCAGACAAAUCUGGAGAUAUCUCUCUGCCACUUCUUGAAACAGUCCAUUUUGUCCAAAAAUUCAACCACUCUUGACAUCUACAGGGUGCCAUUAAAAAAAGAAGAAGCUAGCAAUGUUAAAUUUAUUGUGGAUUUGUCCAAUGGAUUUAAGAAUUUAGAAUAAAAAAUCAGGAGUGAGGGUCAGCACUAUUCAUGGUCUUUCAUACUGAGGUGGGAGAGUGGCAGUUUUACUCCGGGGGGGGGGUUGAGGGCGGAUGACAGAGCAGAGGUUUCCUAGACUAGUUCCCAGUUAAAUUGCUGUGGUUAGCAGAAAGCCAGAAACCUAUCUUCACCAGCCCUCCCUGUUUACUGUAGACAGCCACUGUCUCUGCUCAUUCUAGUUAUCCAGCUUGGACCUCUGCCUUUGUGUUUCAUGGGACUUGUGUAUUUUGUGGUGGUGGUGUGAUAUUUAACAGAAACAAAACUACCAUUAUUGAAUCUAGACCAGGCAUAGGCAAACUCAGCCCUCCAGAUGUUUUGGGACUACAACUCCCACCAUUCCUGACCACUGGCCCUGUUAGCUAGGGAUGAUGGGAGUUGUAGUCCCAAAACAUCUGGAGGGCUGAGUUUGCCUAUGCCUGAUCUAGACUCUGUAGCAGAGAAAAUGUUUGUCUGCCAGAGAAAACCUGCAGGCUUUCUCUGCUGAAUCUUCUUUUCCCAAUGGCAACACUUUUCUCCCAGUGUCUUGCAUACCUUAAGGUUUAUGCUAAACACACUCUUCAUCAUGACUUACUUGUGUUAAGCUAUGAAGGACUUAAAAAAACAAACUCACAAAAAUAACACCUUGUUGAGGGCUCAUUAAGAAGCAGCACUGCUGAGCAUUCCAGGCAUUUUCUGGCAGCAAAGUAGUGCUGACAUUCCGAACUCGUGAAUGUGUAUUUUAAACUCUGUUAAAACAGCAGCUGCUUGUGGUGAUGAAAUAUAGUUUGACUUCUCUCUUGUGUUAUGCUCAAGGUGGGUAAUGCUUGGACUGGUUAUAGUACUGUGCUGCUUCACGUAGUAAGGAGGAGGGAUGCUUUUGGUUUAAAACCAACCACUUUAAUGAAUUUAGUGUAAUUAUUUAGGGUGUUACUCAGCUAAGUUUUAUUCAGAGUAGAUCCAUUGAAAUAAAUGAACACAAUGCUAUUAGAUACCUUAAUUUCAAUGAGACUACUCAAAAUGUUGUUAAAUACCACCCUUUGCUUGCAGCGCAUGGUUUGUUUGUUUUUUACAUUAUCAGAAGCUACAUUUUAGUAUAUCUGAUGCAAUAAAAGGUUUAUACUUUGAAUAGCUGGAAAAAUCAUAACAUCAGAAUCAUGGGUUGAUAUUAAAUACAUUUUCAUCAUAUCAAAUGAAAAUGGUUUGCAUUAAGGAGUGCCAUUUCAUUAUAGAUAUAAUGAGAAGUAUUGCAUAGAGCGCAGGAUAAAUUCUAAAAAGGAGUUCUCAAUACAAUACAGCCGGUGGAUUGGUCUGCAGAAUGAUAGCUCAAGGGAACAGCAGCAAAAGAGGCUUAUUGUCUACCUGAAUGGCUGGAUUGAUUUUUCAGAGAUAGACAGUGCGCACAGAAGCUGUCGUCAUCGAGCAAGAUUUCAAAAUGAGCUGCAACACUUAUUGAAAUAAAAUGCCUGAGACUUUAAAAAACUGAUUUGCUUGGGUAAAAAUAGCUUACCUUCUGAAUGAACUUCCAUUUCCCUUGGCUGGUAGACCUAAGAAAUAGGAAAGUGGCAUUUUGGUGACAGAUGGAAACCGUAUUACUAUAAUAACUCAUGUGCAGCUUAGAAGCUGGCCAUAUUUCCUGCUGGGUCCUGUUAUUCCCACCAGGUAUGCUGACCGAAAAUAUCUUCAGGAAGUCUUUCUGUCUUGCUCCGAAAAAAUAUGCAAGCCAAGUAGUACCAGCAUAAACCAGCUCAAUAAGAUGAGCCUUGCACUUUUCUGAAGGUCAUCACGUCAGGGUACCUGUACAGCAGGUAUAGCAAGCUGCGCAUGUGCAAAUAUGUGGGUCUACUGCACUGGCUAUUUGCUUCUAAAUUUCUCACUGAUGGAAAUUUAGGACAGUCAGAAGCAGCAUUUUUGCUUAUCUUUUUUCCAGUAAAGAGACAGCUUGCCAGAUAACCAGGUACAGAGCCUUGCUGGGCUUAAGUCUAUUAAAAGGCAGUAUAUUCUUCUUUCCUUUGAUCUGCUGAAUCUAAUGUUAUCCCAGUAAUAGGCAUUAGGAAGAGGUAUCCUUUCUGCAUCCUGAGCUCUUUAAUGUAGAGCAACUUCUCUACCUAUUUUGAAUGAAACUCUUCUACUAGCUUAUCCAGUGCAGAGUGAUUUAAUGUAGGCACGCAGAUGAACUGCCACACGUGCAAUCAGGUCAGGAAGGCCAGAGAAUAUUUCCAAAGGUGGCUGAGCAAGUGACAGUGCAGCUAGAAAAGCAGUUUAGUCUAUUUCUGAGUGAUGAGUUGCUCAGUCAGAGGAUCUCAGCCAGAGUCUGCUGCUUUGUUAGGGCCAGAUGGGAGCCUCUUGGUUCCUUGCGUCACCUGAUGCUGGGUGGGCUGGAAUUUGUAGUAUCACUGUUUGGUCAUAGAGUGGUGGUUCUGUAGCAUAGCUGAGAGCAGGUCAGCAAUCCCUGUGGAGCGCCCUCCCAUCAGAAGUCAGGGAGAUCAGUAAAUAUACAACCUUUAGAAGACAUCUGAAGGCAGCCGUGUAUAGGGAAGUUUUUAAUGUUUAAUGUUUUAUUAUGUUUUUGUAUGUGCUGGAAGCUGGCCAGAGUGGCUGAGGCAACCUAGUCAGAUAGUAGUAGAGAUACACUGCAAUAUCUUGUUGCAAGACUCAGCUUCACUUUUCUCAGGAGUCCUCAUAAGUCAGUAUAGACAAUGAUGUCGUUUGAUGGCUGAGUACUUAUCAGGAAGUCCGAUUCUGAUCUUGCCUCUGCUGAGGACUCACUAGGUGAUUUUAUGCAGGCCACACACUCUCAGCUCACCAUUUGCAAUACAUAAUAUUGGUGAACUGCAUCAGACAGUUUUUUUUUUAAGGAUUCCUGAGAAUAUGUACGUGAAGCACUUUGAAAACGCUGUAUAAAUGCUUAAGCAUUAUUAUAGAGAGAAAAUAGUGUUGAGUCCUGUGCCAUUGUACAGCGUCCCAGUCACUUAAGAUGCUGUUUUCUCCUUUGCAGUGAUGUGAGGCAGCGGAUCCAACAAAAAAUAGCUCUCACUUUUGGUAUCAGCUCCUCUUCCAUGUAUUUGACGAAGCCAACCUUCUUCUCUAGAAUAAACAACUCAGAAGCCAAGACAACUCAUGAUGAAUACUGGCACCCACAUAUUGAUAAGGUAAGUGGGUUUUUCCCCUUCUACUCCAACAACCCUUCAUAUCUGUUCUUUAAGUAUAGUAUGCUAUUGUCUUAGUAAAUGUAGACACUAGAACAGUAAUUACUGCAUUACUACAGCAAGUUAUUGUGAUUAAUACUUCAGUUCCAAGUAUGUUUACAUAGAAAUAACUCUCACUGAGUUUAACUCCUGAGUAAAUGAGUAUAGGAUCACAUUGUUAAUUCCAUUUUCCAGUUGAUAAACUUAGCAAAUUAAUUCUUUAGCAGAGAUUUGAACCCAAGUGUUCCUUGUCCAAAUCAGAUAUUCUUCCUGCCCACAUUGGUCUUGCUUGUCUGGUUUGUUUCAUACAUUCUGCAGGAUUUCCAUAAUCCUUCCAGAUGAGAAUCUACUAGAUAGACUCAAAUUGCUGUAUCUCAUCAAUUUCAACAUUUGCAACUCUUUGUCCUCCAUUAGCAGUAAGAUUGAAAAAACCCCCCACUUUUUAGCUUUUUACGUUUCUGUAUGGUGGGGACUGUAAAUUUGUGUAAUACACAAGCAGUUAAGGCUUACCAUACUUGGUCGUCUGUGGCUGUAGUUGUAAAAACAAGCAAGGAAAAGGGCCAAAACAGAAACUGAAAGAUAACAGGCCAACAGUCGAACUGUUUUGUACUUAUGUAAGAACUUCCAGGAAAAUAAAUUACAGCUACAAGAAAUCUUGAAACUUAGGCAUGUAUGUUUGUGUACAGAACAUGCACCCCGAUUUAGUAUUUGCAAAAUGUCACUCCUUCUUUGAAUAACACCAGUGUUUAUAAACUUCCUUGUCUUUAAACUGAUUAUAUUGGGUUUAUAUUUUACAACUGUGUGAAAGUAGCUUCUAAGCAGUGUUAAAUCCUUAGAAAAGUUAACUGUUUCUACAGGUACUGGGUUUUCUCUCCUGAAUUUUUUUCCCACUGAUUCAUGUUGUGAAAAAUUAAUCAGGGUGCAUCACUUUAACACAGUGAUGGUGAACCUGUGGCUUUCCAGAUGCUUUUUGGACAAAGCUGGGACUGAUGUGUGUUGGAGCCAAACAACCUUUGGGGAGCCAAGAGUUCCCCAUUCCUGCUAUAUUUAGCACAAUAGUUGUGUUGGACAGUCUAGCAGCAGAAAUUUAGUGACUGGUGUAUCUCUGUUGUUUUUUCUUUUGAAUGAUGUAGUCACUGCAUGUUGUUGAGUCACUUUUCCAUCUGUUGGAGCCCUAGACAGACAGAAAAUGUGUCUCCCACUUUUCCUGUUUUUCCUCCCCACACUGUCUGUCCCUUUGCUCCACCAAAUAAAUAACAUAGUAGAGUAAUCCCAAAAAGCAUAUGCUGGUUCAUGGAAUGCCCCCUCCCAUGAAUUUUCAAGUUAGCCUUUCAAAUCUCCCUUGAUUUUCACCUGAGGAACUUAUUUCUUCUGUGUUUCCCUCCCAGAAUUGUGUGGUGGUAUCUUGGCAUGCUAAAUAUAUUUCCUGGUAUUUGUUUUUAAAGGUUAGGGUUGGGACUCAGGGAAUUUGGGGUUUUGGUAUAGAAUUCUAAAUCCUGACAUGAAUGAAAGUUCUUGUUUAUUUCGUGGGCGAGGCUCUAGCACAGGCAUAGGCAAACUCAGCCCUCCAGAUGUUUUGAGACUACAGUUCCCAUCAUCCCUGACCACUGGUCCUACUAGCUAGGGAUGAUGGGAGUUGUAGUCCCAAAACAUCUGGGGGGCCGAGUUUGCCUAUGCCUGCUCUAGCAAAUUAACAAAACAUUAUUUUACAUUGCAUCAGUCACGUUCAAAAGGUCCUCUCAUAUCUGAAAUAUGAAACUGUGACCUAUGCUGAAGUAAAAAUCAAUUUCUAAGGGAAACAUUCUGUUGUUUGCUCAGAAAUCCAUUUAAAGUGCUCCAAUAACAUUGAAUAAUACAGCAUUUUAUAAGAGGUUGCCAACCAUGACCUAUAGGGAAAAUGUUGCAGUGGAUUUGAAAGGCGUCGUUUCAGAUGGCACAAUGAAUGGAUUUUCUUCCUUAGGACGAUUUCAAGCUUGCUUUAACAGUAGUUGUAAAUACAGUUCGCCCACUCUGUUGCAGUUAGUAAAUGCUUGUCAAAUGGGGAAAGUGUUUAUCAGAUCAAAAGAAUAAUCAGCAAUGUUGCAAAGAUGAAGUAGUAAAAGGAUAGGAAUGCACAAAUUCUUUGUGGGGAAUCGAGUGUGCUGAUAUCCCAAUACUUGUAAAAGAAAUGUCACAAAAUGAAACUUUCUGAUUUUAAAUACUGGAAAAAGGAAGUGAAAAUUAGGUACCUUUUGGAUUUAUAUCUGCUAUACGAAGGUACAUUUCCUAGCUGCAUUUAUUUUGGUUCUGUUUGGCUGAGGUAUUGACAUGGGGCCAGCAUGAUGCAGAAAAUUCCACAUAGCGUAAGUGAUUUGGCUAGAUAACAGUCUGAGACCCUGCUAUAUAGCUGCACAGUUCUAGGAUUCUAGAUAUGUCUCCACAGGGGUGUGAGAGCUCAAAGUCGUAUCCAUUUCUUCUGAGAGAUUCGAUCCAAAAGAGUUGGACAAGAUUGGUUCUCAAUAAAUAGAUAUUUACAAAUAUUUAUUUAUUUACAAAUACAAUUACAAACCAGUUUGAGAUGUUCUUCGCCUUAAGUUGUUGUUUAAGUAUAAUAUCCCUAGAAGAACUUUUGUCUGUUUUGCAAGUGUUUUAGUCUUGUUUUAAAUUUAUUUGUGUGGUCCCCCCCGCAAUUUAAACACUUUUUAAUAAGAGUAAAUUGCCUCCUUGUUAAAAGGCAGUUAAUAAAUCAGUGGUGAUGAUGAUAACUCCCAAGAUCCUCAAACUUGCACAGAGAAAGCCCUGUGGGACUGGAUAUUUUUAUUUGAUGGUUUUAUUUCCUAGGUGACCUACGGCUCUUUUGACUACACGUCAUUGCUUUACCUCUCAGACUACACAGAAGACUUUGGAGGUGGACGGUUUGUCUUUAUGGAUGAAGGGGCAAAUAGGACUGUAGAACCCCGAGCAGGUUAGAGUUAUCUUCACUGUAUAACUACCAGUAGUUCAUACUUGAAUCUUACGUAUGUUACACUCACAUAACCUAUAUAUCUGGUUGUUUCCGCUCUGAGCUGAUUAUCCAAGGAUGUCACCAGCAAUAUCUGCUGAGCAUCUGUUUUGCAUUCACUGGUGCCUUUGAUUAUUUUUCACUCUUUAGAAAUAUGGUGCUAAUUUGGUGAUAGGAGGCUCAAGUCUUUAUUUUUCAUAUUUGCAAGGGUAAAUGUGAUGUGGUUAUCUCAUCAAUUGCUACUUUUUGUAAAAUGCCAUUGAGAGUGGUAGUGGAAGAGAAGCAGUCUAAGAUGCUACAGAAAAUUUAUGAAGUUGGUAUUCCAAGAAAUAUUGCACAACAAGUGUGAUGGCUGAAUGUGCAGCUGUGGAGGAGAAUGGUGACUCCUUCCCAGCUGUUAAACCCCUCAAAACUUUGUCUAAUGCCAGUGAAGGGUGUUGUGUACAGGCAGGGUGUGUGUGUGUGGUGAGGUGGGAAUGUUUGGAACUCUGCAGGCACAUGCCAGCUUCCAGGGUUGUGUUGGCGAUCCCAUGAGCUGGCCAAACUAUUUUGUGAAAGCUGUUGCCUAAGUACAUGCAAGGUCUUUCCAAAGAAUACUGCUGUUCCUUCUAGUCCCCUGGAAAGAAUACUCACAGCCUUCAAGAGCACCAGCUUUUGUGUCCUGUUCAUCCCAUUGAUGACUCAUGUUUAUGUAGCACAUUUUUCUGUUUUGGAGGUUAUCUGUAAGUGUUCUUGUAUAGACAGACAUUAACACUAAUCUUUUAUCUGCACAUUUCGCUAUUCAUUCCAACAGCAAAGCUGCUGUCCUUGGUGAGUUUAAUCGCUUUUGUAAGCUGAAUGGUUCUGCUCAUUCACUUCAUUUUGACUUUUUAGUCUGGAAUGUUUAAAUACUUAUUUAAACUUACAGUAAUAGCAAGUUAUUCUCUGCUGUUGGAAGGAAAACCUGGGAAAGGCUAUGUCAACAUGCUAAAACUGGUGCAUUGACUGUUGGUUAAAGCUUGGUGCCGAUACUGCCAAGGUUGCAGGUUUGAUCCUUGUAAGGGACAGCUGCCUAUUCCUGCAUUGCAGGGGGUGGACUAGAUGAUCCUCAGGGUUCCUUCCAUCUCUACAGUUCUGUGAUUCUGUAUAGGUAAGACAAUCCCAACAUCACAUAUUUUGUGUAGUCUUUUGAAAGGUACUAUAGAAAUGGAAAAUAGAAAAGUAAAUUGAACCAUCUUCUGUCUUGAUUAAAAUAGCAGUUGAACAAAAUGAGAUUUGUUUUUAAAGCACUUUCUAUCAUUUUAAAACAAAUUCUUUUGUAUGGUUUACAAAAUAACAUCUCAACCAGCCCCAUAAGUCUCUAGUGCUCACUUGUUCAAAGGAAACUGGAUCCUGUAGUGCUGUUCCUCAUGAUCUACAGGGAAUAUUUAACGCUGAAGUCAGUGGGCUUUAACAGAGGCCCCCAAAUCUCAACCUGGCUUACUAGCUAAGCCUUUUUAUCCUCACUGCCAACCACUGGGCUUUUCUAAGUCCUCUGGCUUGUGUGGAGGGCUUGAGGGAGCACCAGGGCAGAUAUUUUUCUUUAUUUGCACUCUGUUAAGGAGAAGGCAGGGACGCGGGUGGCACUGUGGUCUAAACCACUGAGCCUAGGGCUUGCUGAACAGAAGGUUGGCAGUUCGAAUCCCCGCGACGGGGUGAGCUCCCGUUGCUCGGUCCCUGCUCCUGCCAACCUAGCAGUUCGAAAGCACAUCAAAGUGCAAGUAGAUAAAUAGGUACCGCUCCAGCGGGAAGGUAAACGGCGUUUCCGUGUGCUGCUGUGGUUUCACCAGAAGCGGCUUAGUCAUGCUGGCCACAUGACCCAGAAAAACUGUCUGCGGAGAGUCAGCUACCUCGGCCAGUAAAGCAAGAUGAGCGCCGCAACCCCAGAGUCGUUCACGACUGGACUUAACUGUCAGGGGUCCUUUACCUUUACCUUUAAGGAGAAGGCAAGAAACAGGAGGAGUCUAACCAUGAUGGCUAUGCUUUACCUUCACAGUUGGAAGCAGCAAUGCUUCUGAAUACCAGUUGCUUGAAACCACAGGAGGGAAUAAUGCUCUUGUGCUUAUAUUUUGCUUGCUGGGUUUCCCACAUUCGUAUGGUUGGCUACUGUGAGAGCACAAUGCUGAAUUAGAUGAAUCCAGCAGCCUACCCUUUGGUUCUCCAAGCUACUAUACAAAUGAAAGGAAACUCUGCCUCUUUUUCCAAACACCACAGGAUUUUCUAAACCUUCCAUGUCUUGCCUGGCCAAGAUGUUCCAAGUAGGGCAAUGACCUUAUGGGCUGCAAAUUUGAAUCCUUUUUCUUGCAGGUGGUUCUUGCACACCUAGAUAUGCAGCAAAAGGGCAGUCUUGCAAAACCAUUACAGAUGGCUGUACUCUCAAAUUAAUUUUCUUCAGGGCAUUUCAAGGGAGAGAUACCUUAAUGUAUCGAAGAGCUCAGCCAUGCAUACUUAGGUUAAUAGCACUUCAGAGGCUGCCCAUCAGGGACAGUAGAAUGAGCCUGCAACUAGGAUGAGGUUGUUAUCUGAAGUGGGGAAAAUGAAAUGGGAAGGGGAGGCUGCAAGGAAGAAGGCGAGGUGGAGGACUCUUAAUUUUUUUUCCUGCAGCAUGGGAGUGAAGAGACUUUGGGUAAUUAGUCUGAUCUUUUGACACCCUGACCUUUGCUGGAUACAGCUACUUCUGUCAGUGAUUAUGGUUCCUAUAGAAAUAGAAACUUGUUUCUGAUUAAUUAGGUCUUUGGAUUCAGAAAAGUUUUUUAAACGAUGUAAAUAGUUCCUUCACUGCUUUUCCACCAGGAUAACAUGCCAGUGUGGGAGUUGAGUAAAAUCACAAUGGUGCUUCCCUAACGAUCUUCAGGAUUUGUUCCGUUUCUUCGGGAGGAAUACUAAAAUAGGAUUACUGAAAUGCCAAUUAGUCAAAAGAGAAUCAUGUGGCAAGGUGGUCUACUGAAAUAAUGGGCUUUUGCUGCCCAGGAGCAGUUUUGUCAGGUGCAGCCAUUUAAACUAGGGCAUAAACUGAGAAAUUUUCUCCGGUUUGAAUUUUAAUCCAAGCUGGAGCAGACUUCAGCAGCUUCCAGUGCUCCUUUCAGCUGAGCACUUCUGAACCCGUGGAGCUAAUUUCUGGGUCUGAAUCCAGCUUCAACAUUCUAAAGUUCAGUGACUGUGACCUCUUGUUGUUGUUGGGUUCUCUAUAGACAUUUAAAAUUAGUUUAAGAACACAGAAGUAGAGUUUGAUUCAUUGUCUUAUGUGGUGCUAGAUUUAUUGAAUUAUUUUUUCAGGAACAGAAAGUACUUAUGCAAAUAUAAUUGGAUUAAUUAAACUCGUCCUGCAUAGUACAUAUUGGAUAUGUUUCAAUACUCUUUCUCCCAGUAGUGUGAAUAAUAGUUUUGAGUUAGCUUGUGGCUUAUGAAGAAGUAUCUAUAAAUACACAUAUCUUACAUAUGUUUAUCGGCUUUGAAUUUCUGGGAUAUGUACAUAUCCAUUGUUUACAUCUGCUGUAUUACUGCUGAUGAAAUCAGUAGGCUUCCUUCUGAUAGACAUCAGUGUUACUUCUGACUGACAUGUUUUUGAGAGUGAACUAUAUACAUUUUAUCAAAUAUAGAACUUUACCUGCUUGUUGUAAUAAUAGGCUGUAUCCAAUAAAUCCAUCCUGUUACCAGAAGAACUUGCAUCUGCGCAAUGAGACUUCCUCUCCCUGUGCCUCACCAAACAGUUUUGGGGUUCCCCCAACUAUCUGAAGCUGGUGGGUGGGAUGGAGGGAGAGAUGGGAAAGAAAGGUUUUUUGCACAGAUGGAAUUCCUUGUGCAGGUGGGAUUACUUUGGUGGAUGACUUUACAGACAAAAUGGCAAAGGAUUUCCUUAGUAGGUACAUUUGAGUGGUUGCAAAAUAACUACCAUGAUAUGUAUUUGUGGCUUUAAAUAAACCAAACCAACCAUUGUGGAAAGUAGUUCUUGGGAAGUUGGUAAUAUUUUUUUGAAACCUGCUUGACCCUAAUAUACAGGGCUUGGAGCUAGGUGCAAAUUUGUGAAAUUGUGGUUCAUUGUCUUGAUAAUUUUUUUCAGUUCAGUUGUGAUUGAUUCAUUAGAAGGUUAAAAACAUGUUUUAGAAUAAUUAUAGACAAUAAAGGAACCAUGCAAAUUAAAAACUAAUUAUUUUGAAUAAUACGACUGAUUUAGUUCUUUUAUGGGCUUUAGCAGUAUUCAUGUGGAUGACACAUUUCUUAAACUUUUAAGAGAUCUCUAAUUAAAAUACAUUGAAAUUAGGACAAUGUAAUAGUUACAUAGGAAUAUUAUAAGAGAACCUGGUGGAAUGAAGAUGUACUUCGCAUAUUGAGUAUUCACAUAUUCCUAUUAAAGGAAGCUCUCCUGGUACCCACUUUGUUGUUUUUAAUUAUUUUAAGUUGCUGUGAGUUAAUUAGAUACUUAUACUAUGCUAUUUUGUGUUUUGUGUUAAUAGGUUUUAUAGUAUUUGUACUUUUAACUACUUCAUAAUUGACUGGUGAAGGGCAGGAGUAAGCAAGCACAUGCAAAAUUUGGGAAGUGAUGAAUUGAAGAGACUUGGAUUAAUCAGUGAUUUUAGAUAUCUGACAUCAGCACCAAUUCCACUUGCAUGUGAUGUGGGCAAUUAGGAGUAUUGCAAAAACCUGGAUAUUUGUAUAUUGUAGCGAUUGUAUACAGAUUGUAUAUGUUUUUGUUUGUGAAUUGCUUCAUAAGCUUUCACUUAUCCUUAAUUUCUGAUACUUUCCUUGGGUGUAGGAUUUGAAUGUUUUGCUACAAAGACAAGUGUCUAGUUCAGAAUAAUACACAAUGUAUUCUUACUUCACUGUUUUCUCAAGCAAUCUGCAGUUGCAACAUUUUCUUCUCCAGACGCUUCUGCUGUUAUUAAAAAAAAGAAAGAUCUUUGAGUAGUGGUUUGUAUUCAUGUUCUCCGGAAUACCCUGUGGAUUUAAAAUUGAAAGAACUGGGGGCUGCUUGUUAACCUGAAUGUGAUGUUUGGGGUUUGUCAGCUCAAAAGCUUCUGGUGAAUACUCCAAAAUGGAUAUACGUGAACUAAUAUGAACCCUGAAUGUGUCUAUAUUUUGUUACACACAAAAUAUUCUCUUUCUCAAAAGCAAAAAUACGCUUUCUAAAAUGAAAAGCAGGUACUCUUGUGUCAAAGUGGAAUGGCCAGGAAUUAUUUGUAAAGAUUUGGCAAUAUGGGAAAGAACACAAUAAUGGCCUCUCUCUCAGAAGGGUGUUUGGAAGGGUUUUGUAGCAGACACUGGGCUCAGUCUAAUAAAGGUAGUCAUGCUUUAUAGAACUAAAGUUUGUUGCUACUAAUUUGACCCAUUGAUUUCAGUGGGAUUUAUGUGCAAUUAACUUUCGUUAAUUACCAUGGAUAAGCAUUAGUGUUGCUUUUUGUCGGUUCGUUGGCACCAUUGACAGCCUACAGCUUGCAAGCGCAGUCAAGUGAGGAACUCGGAAGCCUUUGUAUCAAUCUGCUAAAAGCUAUUCCAGACUUGUACAAUACUUCACACUGGCCUGUUGCUGGUACCAAUGCAAGAAACACUUUUACCACUUUGAAAUUCAGUUUGCCAGAAAGGUAGCUGCUUGUUUUACUAACCAGCUGCGGUGCCACAGAUGCCUAGGAAACCGGUUUUCCCCCCCCAUAACAGUGCCAGCCAUAUUGAAUCCAGCAUCUUUUACAAAACUUUAGUCACUAGAAGGGAGUAGAAGAUUACAAACCAUACCAGCAUGUUUAGAGAAGUCCAAUGUGUAUUUUACCACAGAUACCGUAGCAUGCUGUGAAGUGCCUACACACAGUAGUCCUAAACUAGUUUUACAGUCAUCCUUCUCAGCAGGGCAUUGUAGUUUUGUAAGACGAUAGACAUUACUUAUUAUCAGCACUUGAUCAAAUAAGACAUUUCCCACGGUUAUGGAAAAGCUAUGGCUGUUACGGUGUGUGUGUGUAUGUGCUAAAGUUAUCAUUAUAGUUGAAUUAGAUGUUGUUAUCCUGGGAGGAAGAACUGUGUAUAGAUCUGACGAAGUGGCCUUCCUCCAGCUGUUCAGUUUCCCUUCUUUAAUGCUUGUGGUUUCAAAGCACCAACUGAUAAUUCUCCUUAGGAUGUUUGAUAAUAAAGCAGCAUUUUUGCCUUUCAAGCUCACAUCUUAGGAAAGCCACAUCUUAGCACUGCUUCAUGCAAAAUCCAUUAAGUUAUAUUAUAGGUAAACUCAUAAUAAGAAACAACAGUAUAUCUUACCCUUUUCAAGUUUGUAGCUUUGUUGUGCUUUGAAGCAACCACAUAUUAUGAUGAAUUCUCCAGAGUGAUAAUGAUCUAGUAGCUUUCUUGAUAAAUAUUUAUCAGCCAGAAGUGACAAGAAGACCUUCAGCUUGUUUUGAUAUUAUUUUUUUUAGUACUGCCUGUAUUAUCCUUCACAGCUACAGGCAAAAACGAAACUGGUGGCUGCAGUAUCUAGUUUUGCACUCUGUCAUUUCUGUUUGCGACCACCCAAUUAUGACCAGAUGCAUGAUUUCAUUGCAUAUUUUAUUAAAUUUGAUUAGCUUUGGAAUUUUGGUCUUAAAAAACCCCAAACCUUUGAUUGCUUCAUUACGGAAGAUCUUUUUUUACUGCUAAGUAUGCUGCACAGGUUUGCUAUCAAAGUAUCUGAAAUUCAACUCCAUGUAUAAGGGAGGCCCUUGGGCCUUUUAAUAGGGAUGUAGUAGGGGCACUGUUAGUGGGUGUGCUUCCUCCUGCCAUUACUGUGGAGCGAUAGGAAAGCUUGCUUUUGUAAUGAAAAAUGGGUAAGGAGAAAGCCAGGGGUAGGGAGCCUUCAUCUUCCGUCCCAUCAGCUGACUGCGGCUGAUGGAAGCUGGAGCCCAAGAACAUGGGUUAUCUGAAUAUUGGAAUGCACAAUUUGAUUAUCUGCCUCAUUAAUCAAAGAAUAACCAAGGCUUACAAGCUGAAACAUCACAAUGUCCAAGAUUCAAAAUAAGCUGCAUGCUUAGAGGUGGUAUGUGGGGUGGGGAGCUUACUAAUUCCAUUUGCGACAACAAAUUGCACCCAUUUGUGUUGUCCUGGUAAUUUCAAAAUAUCUAGAGAGUAUAGAUCUGGAGUCCCCAGUGUGCCAUCAGAUGCCUACCCAUAGUGCCCAUCAGGGACCCCUGCUUUUCCCAAUAUUUAAAACACUUUAAAAAAAUAAUAAUUGAGGAUUUUAUUGGGCUAGAGGCAGGACAGACUUUGGGGGGUUCUUUUGAGGUUGGCUGGUUCUUGUUUGUUUUGGUGUAUGUGCAUUCUUACCUGUCCAGAGGCAGGGUGAUAGUGGUUCUGAGCAUCACCAGCGUUUUUUGUUGUUAAAAUAGGUUAUUUGUGUUGUCUAUGACAGUUCUCCUAAUGUCCCCCAAAAAAGGUUGAGGAUCUCUGCUAUAAUAAAUGGUGUGGGGGAGUGAUAGAGAGAAAGGGGAUAAGGCACCUCACUGCUAAUUGUGUUUGCAAUUAUGUUUUAAGGAGCUACAGGAGUCCUGUGGGGUUUCUGUAUCAGCUACCAAGUUUGAAGCCAAAUUGACUUUUCUUACACAUUAGCAACACACUCCUGUCCUCAAGCAAUCAUUCAGUUUCUAUAGUGAUUGUAAAUAUUCAUUUUGGCCUGCUUGAGGUGUUGGGGGAUCCUUUCGUUUCUGACCCUGCAAAAAUGGGAUCUGAGCCAUUUGCUGAAAAUCUUCCAAACUUUAAUGUAUCUUAAAGUAUGAAUUAGCAGAAAGUAAAGCUGCUUGCUUGUCGCACCUUCCCCAAAGACAAGGAACAUUCAUAAACCAUUUGUGGGUUUAUACGGUGGUACCUCGGGUUACAUACACUUCAGGUUACAUACGCUUCAGGUUACAGACUCCGCUAACCCAGAAAUAGUGCUUCAGGUUAAGAACUUUGCUUCAGGAUGAGAACAGAAAUCGUGCUCCGGCGGUGCCGCGGCAGCAGGAGGCCCCAUUAGCUAAAGUGGUGCUUCAGGUUAAGAACAGUUUCAGGUUAAGUACGGACCUCCGGAACAAAUUAAGUACUUAACCUGAGGUACCACUGUAUUCUGAUUUUAUUGUGUGAACUGCCCUGAGACCUGUGGGUAUAGGGCAGUAUAUAAAUUUAAAUAAUAAUAGUAAUAAUAAUAACUCAUUUUCCAUAUAAAAGCUGCUGUCCUUGAAUAAACACUGUAGCUCCAUAUUUUCUUUUUUUAAAAAAAAAAAAUUGAAGUAUAGCACUGAAAUCUUGUUUAGUAUAAUAUAGGCAUUAUACUUUGUGUGUUAGUAAGCAUUUUAUAGUUAGGGAAUUGUUAUUUUGGAAGGUGAAUAAGUCCUCAAGAGUGUAGUUAAUAAAGCCCUGGCAUAAACUGUUUUGAAGCAAUGAAAGAAUAGCUGGACAUUUUACAAGUAGCAUGGCAGAGAGCACUUCUUAAAAGCAGAUACUCCUGCUACAGUCAUGCAACUUCAGCCAUAUGAGAGUUCCCCCAGCCUUUUGUUGCCUCGGAAAGAAAUUUUCCUUGCUUAAGCAGCUCCAGACACCUGCCCUUGUUCUAAGAGUCAGUAAAAAGCUGGCCACUACUCAGCACAACAUUCAUUUGGGCAAAUGCUUAUGCCACUCUUAAGUACCUGGAAAGUCCAAUAUGCCUUGUGCCACCUACCUCACCCAUAUAGUCCUCCCUCCCAGUUGGCAAUGUUUGUAUCCUUUGGUGAAGAAAGUAAACUAACAGAUAAUUUAGAAACCUGCAAUUCUUCUGAAAUUACAAAUUCUGUCACCGUUCAGGCAUUUGUUUCUUGUGGGUUGAUUGUCUGAAACCAAAAACGGCAACAACAUCCUGAGUUCAAACAUGCCAGCUCUUUAUUUUUUGUGGUUGCUGGGUUUCUCCAAAUAGUAGAUGGAAAUAAAAUCCUUGAAUGUGCAUUCAAAAAUUCACUGUACUAGCAACAUCAUGUUGUACAGAAAGAUUUGGCCCUACUGACUCUGAACAGUUAACUUUGCUUAAACAGCCAGGUGUGAAAUCCACUUUCAGAUGUUGGCUGUGCACUUCCGCAAUUUUUAAAAGAAACGCAAACACUGUGCAUUUUAAUUGGCAAAAUUGGGCACCUGAGAAGGUUCUGCUAUGAAAGUGCAUGUGCUCUGUGCUCGCUUGCCUACGUGCAGAAAUGUUUUCAGCUCAGGGGGAAUUUGGUGUUUAAACCUAAUUAUGGCCUCAGCACUCACGACAGCUUUCCUGUUUAUUUAUAUUUCAGUCUUUAAAAGUGCUGGUGUGCUCAGCGGAGGAGCUAAUGGGGGAACUCGUGCAGAGCAAGCUCCUCUGGGUUUUCUCACAAUGUGUUGUCAGUUCAGUAGCUGGCUUGAGUUGUGGCUGGUGCACCAGUCCCAGCAGCAGCCUUUAUCUUUCUGCGCUUCCCUUUUAGGAUGAUGUUUGUGCUCUCAUGAGAUGACACCCGAGAGGGGUGGAGGCAUCCCAUAGUGGUGGGACCAUUUGUCUGCAUCGCCAUGACUGUGAGCUAUGCAGUAGGCUAGGGCAGAUUCUUUAUUUUACUGGGCCCUUCGAUUAAAUAAACAAGCUCUUUAGACAUCCCGUAUAGUGCACACUUCUGGGUUUUCUUACUGCAAGCUUGGUCCCUCAUUUGGUAGAGAGGGGUGAUAUUCCCUACUGAAAUGGCUGUCAAACAGCUUUGGUCUGUAGAACUCAAGAACCAAGCCAAAAAUCUUUUUUUCUGACAGCCGGGAUUUGAAUGUUACUAGUAAUCUGCAUAGCAGCAGCAUUCACUAGACCUUGUGCUCCAUGGCAGCUGUGUUACUGCAUGUCUCUGCCCUCCAGAACAAAGUAUGGUUACAUGGAAAUAAAUAAAUCCAUUAAAUAAAGCAGUCUUUCGUAUUGCAGUCUGUCUAUGUGCAUCUUAAGUAGCAUGAUCUUGUUCUUUGAGGACCAGGUACCAUGCUUUCGGAUAGCAUUCAAAUCUUGAAUCUGUAGAUGUCCCAGGGUAGGCAUGGGAUAACAGUAUCCUAAGUACUGGCCACUGGGCAAACAGCAUGCAUCCUUUCGCUCUCCUGACUGUACGUUCUUCUCUUUGCAGGCCGGGUUUCCUUCUUCACUUCUGGCUCCGAGAACCUCCAUCAUGUGGAAAAGGUUCACUGGGGCACCCGUUACGCCAUCACCAUUUCCUUCACCUGCAAUCCGGACCAUGGUAUCGGGGAUCCUGUUUUAACAUAAUGGGACAGGCAGCUAGAUGGAUUGACAACAAAAGCCCUGUGCAGAAGGGGGGGGGUUAACUUCACAUGUAAAUUCCCCUCCACAGAUCCUUCUAAACUUUAUUUAAUGUGAGCCGUUUUCUCACACUCAUCUCCCUCUUAAGUGUUGCAAACAGUGCCUUAGGGAUCACCUUUCUAAGUCUCCUGUAACCAUUUUGCUUUUUGCAAGGUAAUAGUCAUAAACUGCGCCCCCUCACCCCACACAUUUAAGGACACGUCAGAAUUCAGAGACUGCAGAACAUGCCACAUGCACUGUCAUUCCUCUAACACCGAAGAUCAAAAUGUAGUCACUUCAAAUAGUCCCGUCAGUUGUUGCUCUCAAAAGCACUAUUUGGGGAGCCCCAUGGAAUAGUUUGUGGGCAGAUAAACACUCAGGAACAUGUUGUGAAGGAAGACUUUUCUAAUAAACCUGUUGAGCUUUGUUGCCCUCCCCACCCAGCCCCCACUCCUCCUUUCUUCUGUUAUAUGUAAAUUCUGGAAAAUAAGUGGGGCAUUCAAUUUACAGUCUUGAGCAUUCACACAUUUAUACACACUAGAGUACCAUGCUUCAAAUUCUAUGUACAUAUAACCCAGAACUACAGAAUUUUAUGGACAUUAUCCAUGUGUCAAGUGUUGUUUUUCUUUAAUGUUACUGCAAUGUUUCUCCUUGGAAACAAAACAUGUGCUUUGACUACUGGAAUGGACUGUUCUGUGCAAAACUGUAUGUGAACUGAGAGAUGGCUUCAAAUGGUCAGAUAGGAGGAGAAUACUCAAGUGAUCUCAGGAUCCAUUAAAGUUUGCUUUGUUAUGAA